UCAUACAACCACAGACUGGUUUGGGUCGGAAGGGACCUUAAAGCUCAUCCAGUUCCAACCCCUGCCACGGGCAGGGACACCUUCCACCGGAGCAGCUUGCUCCAAGCCCCUGUGUCCAACCUGGCCUUGAACACUGCCAGGGAUGGGGCAGUCACAGCUUCUCCGGGCACCCUGUGCCAGCGCCUCAGCACCCUCACAGGGAAGAGCUUCUUCAUAAUGUCUACUUUUAUGUAAUGUACCAUGUCCUUGUCAUGGCCAAGAAGGCUGAAUCACCAGCGGUGGAGAAGGGCAGGGGCUGGGCAUAGCAGGUCUUAGGUUAGAGCAUGCCAGGAUGGACACAAUGAGCCCAUCAUUCUGCUCCCUGGAAGCCAUCCCUUCCCUGACACCAGCCAUGCACUUGUCCUGGCGGGGAUGGGGCAAUGGCAAAGGACUGCCCUGAGCUGCAGGGAUAUUGUGUGGGCUCCAUGACACAUGGGGGCUCCUGCAUCUCGGCCUCCUCAGGACCUGAGUGCUUACUGCCACAGGUGUCCUCAUAUUGACCUGCAGCAACAUCCCAUGGUGUCCUCAUGCCAUCCUGCAGCAAUUCCCCAUGCUGUGGUGUCCCCAGGCAGGUCAACAUGGCCUGCCAUCAAUCCCUCAUGCCACACACAUCCCCAUGCUGGUCUUCAGCUGUUCCCAUGCAGAUGGGUACAGGAUGCACCCAGCAGGACACCCCCUCUCUUUGGGAAGCCCCUGACUGUGGCCAUGCAAGUGAUGGCUGUGGCUGUCCCCACAGGUGCUGAUGGCAACGGUGACGAUGCAGUUGGCUGGGCUGAUGCUGGCUGUGCUGGGCUGGCUCGGCUCCAUCCUCACUUGCGCACUGCCCAUGUGGAAGGUGACGGCUUUCAUCGGCUCCAACAUCGUGGUGGCCCAGGUCUUCUGGGAAGGGCUGUGGAUGAACUGCGUGUAUGAAAGCACGGGGCAGUUGCAGUGCAAGGGCUACGAUUCCCUCCUGGAGCUCACCUCCGACCUGCAAGCGGCUCGCGCCUUGGUGGUCACCUCCAUAUUCGUGGCCUUCUUUGCCUUCCUCACCUCCAUCUCGGGAGCGGACUGCACCCGCUGCGUGGAUGACAAGAACACCAAGACCAAGAUCUCUGUGGUGGCAGGUGCCACCUUUGUCCUGGCCAGCAUCCUGCUCCUCAUCCCUAUCUCCUGGUCUGCCAACAGCAUUGUCAGCAACUUCUAUAACCCCAUGGUGCCUGAGGCCCUCAAGAGGGAGUUGGGAGCUGCCCUCUACAUUGGCUGGGCUUCCAGUGCCCUGCAGCUCUUUGGUGGGGGCAUCCUGUGCUGUGCAGGACCCCCAUCCCAGCAGGACCCCUACCAGAAGAAGUACAGAGCCGUGAAAACCUGCACCCCGAUGGGCUAUGCCAUGAAAGACUAUGUGUGAGCCACCGCGCCUGGGUACCUGCCCAAGGGACAGCACCACCAUCCCCAUCCUGCAUAGACACCCCAGACCCUGCCCAUGCGCUGCCUCCUCCUACCCAUCCCCAUGCUGCUGCACCCCCAGCACAGUCCUUCCCAUGGAUGCCCUUCCCUGGCUUGCAGGGGCUGUGCUUUCCAAGGGCAAUAAACAUCUUGG